AUGAGUUCGAAAUUUUACAUCCCUCCUCCAUCCAUCCGUACGCGCCUUGUGGGUAUCUUCUCCAGACAAGUGCUCUUCAGUAGACCGGGUUCGGUCGGUAACUACCAUAUGUCGCAACCCUACGAUGACCAAUACUGGUAUAUCCGACCUGUCGGAAGCAGUCACCCCAAUCGAUACCUGGUCGUGAGCGGAUACACAGAUGCAGCUCUCUUUGCCAGUUCCAGCGGGAGUGUGGGAUGCUAUGCACCCAUCGGUAAAUACGAGGACCAAUAUUUUGAGCUUCAGCAAGGUCAAGGAGUCAGAUCAGACCAGUUUCGCCUUCAUGUGCCUGCGACCAAUUCAGUUAUUUAUUCACGAACCGAUCCGGACCCUACAGUCGGGUGCUACCAUGCGGAUGGAGAACCCUACCCUGACCAUUGGUUCAAGUUUGAAUUGGAGCCAUUGGACCUCGUCCGUACCGAUUACGAUGUCAAGAACGCGCGUAUUCUGAGUACUCAACCGAAGACCAUAUUCUCGCAAAAGUCGAAGAAUGAUUCAGACCGGGAGCAAACCCCGACUAUCUCGAUAAGUGAGACGACCGGACAAUCUUCUACUUUCGAAACUGAGGUUGGCCUCGAGUUAGGGGUAACUACCUCAUUCAGUGCUGGGUUACCAAUCGUGGCUGAGGGCAAGGUCGAAAUCAGUGCGAAGAUGCAUACGAAUUUGACAAUCGGGACCACAAACACGAGCUCGCAGUCAUGGGAAGCUACUGUGUCAAUGAAUGUUCCUGCGCACUCAGUUUAUAGAGUUACCGCUACUGUAAUAGAGUCAGUCCUUGAGGUGCCUUUCACAUCGACUUGGAAGUCAAAGACAUCUGGAGUUACUAUGACAACUGAGGGAACAUUCAAAGGAAACAGCUGUGGAGACCUAUCGACACACUACUUUAUAGACAACGAGUAG